UCCUCUGAGGUUCUGUGCUGCUGGUUCUCCUCACAUCCACCUGCGCGCGGGGAAACGGCGCGUUUCUAAUCCCCGCCCUCUGACAUGCGUGGGAGGGAGGGAGGGGGGGCUGCCUCCCCCUCCUCCACGAGACCAAAUGCAAUCCAACAAUGUAUGCAUUCUCAGUGUGCUGAGCGCGCAGCGCGUGUGCGGGAUGCGCGUCCUGUGCGUCCUGUGCGCACACGGCGUCAGGAGCCAGCUGCACCUGUGAGCCGCGGGACCGGACCCGGACACCAUGCACACGGACGUGGUGCUGCUCGCCGCGCUGCUGGGGCUGCUCGGCGCGUCCUGCGCCCACAAGCCGUCCAGGGGGCAGAAGCUGCAGCCGCAGAGACACGUCAGAUCAAAGCGUGAGUUGUCUUUAGCGGAAGGAUUCAGUAAUGACAGGUUUGGCAGCACCAUUGUCAAGAGAAGCCCAGACGUCACUAAAGUGUGGGGCAGAAAGUCCGAACAGCUGCUGAGGAUAGACGACCAUGACUUCACCAUGCGACCGGGAUUUGGAGGACCCGCUGUUCCAGUUGGAGUGGAUGUUCAGGUUGAAAGCCUGGAUGCGAUUUCAGAGGUUGACAUGGACUUCACAAUGACUCUGUACUUAAGGCACUACUGGAAAGACGAGCGCCUGUCUUUUAAAAGCAACACCAACCAGAGUAUGACAUUCGACGGCCGCCUGGUGAAGAAGAUCUGGGUUCCCGACAUGUUCUUCGUCCACUCUAAGAAGUCCUUCACACAUGACACCACCAAGGACAACGUCAUGCUGAGAGUGUACCCUGAUGGCAAAGUGCUCUACAGUCUCAGAGUAACCGUCACUGCCAUGUGCAGCAUGGACCUCAGCCGCUUUCCUCUCGACACCCAGACGUGCUCUCUGGAGAUUGAAAGCUAUGCAUACACAGAUGAUGAUCUAAUGUUGUACUGGAAGGAAGGGAACAGGUCCCUCAACACAGAUGAGAGAAUUUCUCUCUCCCAGUUUCUCAUUCAGGAGUUUCACACAACCACAAAGCUUGCCUUCUACAGCAGCACAGGUAUGCUGAAAAGCUGCAUCAUGCUCUCCAUCAGGACUUCGCUUCACCUCUGCUCUGCCUCCUCUCCAGGCUGGUACAACCGUCUGUACAUCAACUUCACUCUGCGGCGGCACAUUUUCUUCUUCCUGCUGCAGACGUACUUCCCCGCCACCCUCAUGGUCAUGCUGUCCUGGGUGUCCUUCUGGAUCGACCGCCGGGCCGUCCCAGCCAGAGUCCCUCUCGGUAUAACCACGGUGCUCACCAUGUCCACCAUCAUCACCGGAGUCAACGCCUCCAUGCCCAGAGUGUCCUACAUCAAAGCUGUGGACAUUUACCUCUGGGUCAGCUUCGUCUUCGUCUUCCUCUCGGUGAUAGAGUACGCUGCGGUCAACUACCUGUCCACUCUGCAGGAGCGGAAAGAGAGGAAGCUACGAGAGAAGCUGCCGUGUACCUGUGGAAUGGCCCACCCUGGACUGAUGUCCGCCAGCUACAGCGAGGAGGACGUCAACACCACAGGGAACUACGGCAUGCCGGAAGAGAACGGCGUCAGACGGGAGAGGAUUCUGGCUGAGCUGGUCAUGGAGAACGACCAGGUGACCGGCCACGUCGGCUCCAGAGCCUACAGCAAUGUCUGGAUCGACACGCACGCCAUAGACAAGUACUCCCGGGUCAUCUUCCCGGGAUCCUACAUCCUCUUUAACAUCAUCUACUGGACCAUCUACUCCUAAGGGAGAGGAAAUGAAAACGAGGCAAACUGAAACUUUCCUGGUGAGAAAAGAGGAUCUGAUCUGAGCUUUGGUGACAACGCUGACGUGAUGAUCCCAGCAGGAACAGCUUUAUUCACAAAAACCUGCACGGUAACAGAAAACGAGCAAAAAGGAAAGGAACCUGGACCGAAAACUUGCUUGUUUUUUAUGUCAUCUGCUUUUUCAUUUGGGACCCUCAAAUAAUAUUCACAAUGCAUUCAAAUUCUCAAGUGUUUCUCAGGUUGUUUUUGACUAAAGGUUUUACUAUAGAUCAAACCUCAAUCAGGAAGCUUUGUUAAUGGCUAGUCCUGAUAGACAGGUAAAAGACACAGAGUUGUUCUCUCUGGACACUAAAGACCCACUCAGAUGAAGACUGUUUUUAA